AUGGACGUGAAUAAAGCUCUUUUGACGUCUCAUAUCUGGAGUAUAAUUACUAAGCGUCCGUCUCUUUGGGUUCAGUGGGUUCACACUUACAAGUUGAAAGGUAAAAACUUCUGGGAAGUGCAGGGCCGGAACAACAUUACUUGGGGAUGGCGAAAGCUUUUGGCUAUCCGUCCUAUAGUUCGUCCAUUUGUUUGGAAGUCUAUUCAGAGCGGUCGUCAGACUAACGCGUGGAGUGAUAACUGGUGUACAUGCAGCCCUCUAAGGUCGUUUAUUACUCCGCGAACUAUAGCUAGAGCGGGUUUUUCAUUAAAUACAUCGGUGGCGGACCUUCUUGAUGAUAAUGGGCAAUGGCGAUGGCCUCAGGAGUGGUAUGAUCUUUUUCCAGUGCUCAUAAAUCUUGAUUCUGUUCAUCUUGUGCCCGAGUUGGAGGAUCGGUUUCGUUGGAAAGAUUUAGAGGGUAAUUUACGAUUUUUUGGUUCUUGGGAGGUUUGGAACAACUUGAGACAUAGAGAUAAUAAAGUUAUAUGGGUUAAUUCAGUUUGGUUCAGUCAAUGCAUUCCUAGGCAUUCUUUCCAUUUAUGGUUGGUUAUAAAAAAUAAACUGAAGACGCAAGAUAGGAUGGCUGUUUGGGAGGCAGGUAGUGCUACCAAUCUUCGGCUGAUGUGUUGCCCCUUAUGCAAAUACGAUCGUGAUUCAAGGGAUCACCUAUUCUUUCAAUGUUCCUAUGCUUCUGAAGUGUGGGGUUUGGUUAGGGAUAUGGCUGAUAUGGGUAGUGUUAAUAAUUCGUGGGCCUCGAUUAUUCAGUGGAUGGAACGUAAUGCUCACUCUAGAUCUCUUGAAAUUAUAGUUUCCAAUCUUCUGGUGGCUGUUUCCACGUACUUUAUAUGGCAAGAAAGGAACACCCGUGUUUUUAUUCGUGAACGGCGGACUGCUAGUGUGCUUUCGAAGGUCAUCAUUGAUACGGUUCGGCUCAAGAUUAUGGGAUUCCGCAUUGGUGGAGAUUUGAAGCAAAAGAAGCUAAUGGAUAAAUGGCUAAUAUCGAAGAAGAAUGUGUAUAUAGAUCCAGGCUAG